CUUGCCGGAUGGUUCCUGGGGUGGCGACACCCCAGUAUCCUUGAGGAAAUCUGGACUCUGGUGGCAGUGGCUGCCAGUGGGAGGGACCAGUGUCAAGUCACAUCCGGCUGCACGGGGGCUUCUAAGAUGCAAGCGAGCCAGGGGGCAGCAUUGCUCACCCUUGUCCUGUGGGCGCUCUGUUCACCAGCGCUGAGCACGGAAGGCAAACGGAAGCUCCAGAUCGGAGUCAAGAAGCGGGUGGACAAUUGCCCCAUCAAGUCCCGCAAGGGAGAUGUGCUCCACAUGCACUACACGGGAAAGCUGGAAGAUGGGACCGAAUUUGACAGCAGCCUGACCCGCGAUCAGCCGUUUGUCUUCACAUUGGGGACCGGGCAAGUAAUUAAAGGCUGGGACCAAGGACUGCUUGGGAUGUGCGAGGGUGAGAAGAGGAAACUAGUGAUUCCCUCUGAGCUGGGUUAUGGAGACCGGGGAGCUCCACCCAAAAUCCCAGGUGGUGCGACGUUAAUCUUUGAAGUCGAGCUGCUGAAGAUCGAGCGACGACAGGAACUGUAGCUACGUCUCGGG